AUGAUAGCUGACGUGGUUGCUAAUGUGGCGGACAGUGGGACCUUUCCUAAGAUUUUUUGCUCCAAUUAUGAUCAUUGGGUUAAAGCUAUGAGAGGAUUUCUUAAAGGGAGAAAAUUAUGGUACUAUGUGACUGGUAAUGUUAUUUGUCCUAUUAAGCCAAUUGUGACUAAAAAAUCAAAAGAUGGGACCUCCAAAUCCAAGGAGGAUUUCGGGCGUUUUGAAACUGCUAAAGAGGUAUGGGAUCGUUUGGCAAAAUGUUACACUAUUUUUAAUCUCUCCUAUCAAUACCAACUCCUAAAGGAGCUUCAUAGCCUUAAGCAAGAAUGUGGACAAGCAGUUUUUGAUUUGCUUCCUCAGAUGAAACUUAUUUGGGAUCAAUUGACCUCUUGUGAGCCUGUUCUUAAAGACUCCACUGAUGCAAAGGCAUAUAAGGAUUAUCGAAACCGAACACGUCUCAUACAGUUUUUUAUGGGACUUACUGAUGACUAUGAGUUGGUUAGAGCUUCUCUUCUUCAUCAAAAUCCCUUGCCUACUCUUGAAGAUGCAUUUCCUCCUCUUAAGUAUGAAGAAACGCACUUGGGAUUGACUCACCCUAAGAGUGAAACCGUCUUUGCUGUCACAUGCGGAAAGGAUAAAUUUUGUCAAAAUUGUAACCGUUCUAGACAUUCCUUCUCAGACUGUCCUUCUAUUAAAUAA